CUGAUUAUAUGAAUCACAGUAGCAAAAUGUUCUUGCAGAGCACAUACCCCGCUCCCUGACUUUAGCGUCCAAGGGAAGCUGUAUACCGUUCCAGACAAGGGUUUUACUUUAGACAUGGGUUAGCACAUAGCCCCCUGCAUUACAGAGCAGUAGCUACUGAGCUAGGAUCCAAAAGUGUCCUUAAAUGAAGUUACUUGUGGCUCUUUAUUGGACAAAAAUAAAUUCCAACUGGGCCAUAUAACAAAUGAAACUCAAGUACAAAAAUGUAAUGAUAUUUAUUCACACAGCUGCCAGCAAACUCACAUGCACUAUGAGUCAUUCCAGAUGUGGAUAAAAACAAAGUCUGUCUGUGAAAGUAAGUUUCCUGAUCCCGAGGAGACUUCGUUUGGGAGUGGAGCUGCACACUGACUUCAGCUGUACUCAGAACAGACAGGUUCUCCUUCAAAGGGGGAGGGGGAGAGGAAAAGCCAUUUAUUUAUUCCUGAAAAGAAAGGAACUAGGAAAUUGAAAAAGCUACUAUACAGCUAGACAUGUGUAUUUUAAAGAGAAGGAUGCUUUGGAAGACUUUACUGCUGCUGUUGUUCUAUUACAGUGCUCAUGCCACUGUGACCCACAAAUGGAACAGAGCUAUGCUUUUCCCAGCUGCUCAGCGAUUCAAGAGGUCCUCAGCUGCCUUCCUUAACCCAGUGCUACAAAACUCGCUGGAUGAUGUGGUCCUGCUUUAUGAGUUUCUCUUAGCUGAGCUUGACAUUGACAAAAGUCAGAGGAUCUCCAUCAAAGAUGAGGAGCUUGCUUCACUGAGGAAGGCUGCUAAAUUUGACACCAUCUGCAAUGAGAUUAUCCCCAAGAGCAUCACAGAGAUCCGCAGGCUGAGUAGCAUGCUGUCCUCCUACCCAAGGGUCCUCAAGAAAGAAGACUUUGAAAGGACAGUGUUGACCAUGGUCUACACAGCCUACAGGGCUGCUCAGUCCCAGGGGCACCAGAAAGACGUUUGGGCUGAAUCCUUCGUCAGUCUUUACAAAGCCCUGAAGCACGACUUGAUGUUUCCAUACAACAAAGACACAUCAUAGUGGGAGACUUGAUGCAACGGUAACUCAGCCACCCCUUGUGGUUGAUAAGGGACACAUAUAGCACGUCCACCACUUUAUGCUGUAAAGAGUUUAAGAAUCUGCUUCAAGAAAGAUUAUUUGUUUUCUAGCUCCCCCUUGUGGAAUCCACUUUCUAGUCCCAUGUUAAAUGGAGAAUGAUGUUACCUUCGGUCCUGGGAAUUUGAUUUUUGUGCUGGCUUGGGAGGCACAUUCUGUGACAGGCAAAGAAAUUCCAGUGUAUGCCCCAGACAGACAUGCCCUUGUUUCAUCCUGUGGGUUUCCUAUAAGCAGUACAGAAGUAUACUAUACUUAUGCUUACAUACUUGUGCAUACAAGCUGGAGAAUGCUGAUUUCUUAGCUAGGGAAACAAAUUCAUAUUUUGGCUGGCCAGAAAAAGAAUAUUAUAAAGACAUGCAAAGGCCUUCUGAAAAAGGAAGAGGUUUCAUAACUGUCAGUCUAAGAAAUUAUGCCACAUAUUAUUCAUUCCAAAUAUUCUUCUAAAUAAGCACUGUCUGAUUCACUUCAUUUGGCUGAGCCAGUUUUUAAUUGCAAUAACAUUUGCAGAAGACAAAGGGCAUUGUGGAUACCAGCAGCAAACAAUGCCUGUGAACAUGCUCUUUGCUUCCUAGCCCUCCCAAACAGUCUGCAAUGAUUCUUUCAUUAUUUGCACAUGACUUUGCUUCUGCUGCUUGUUUUUUGAAGGGAACAUGUCCUCAGCAGAGUCAAAGGCCCUGUUUAAUUUAAUGAUGACACAUUUUUCCUGGUUCUAUCACUUGAACGUAGCUCAUCUAAACCCACGCUUCAGAACCCUCCUGAGGCAAGGGAGGAAGGUGCAUUAAAACAUGGUGCUGAAUUUAGCAGUGUGGCUCAUUUUUGGUAGUAAAUUAUAUAUUUACUUGUGUGUAUAUGUGUGUGUAUGUCGAUGCAUAGGUGUGCAUGUAAGUGAUGAGUACAUGGAGAAUCCUAAAUUGUUCAGUCCCAGAGCAAUCGUAUCCAGUCACUUAGCAGAAAAGACAUUCAUCGGUCCAGUGGUGGGAAUUAUGAGUCUGAGAGCAGUGGAGAAACAGUACUUGUUUCAGCAGCAAAAACUGUUUGUAAAAAUAGUGCAACUAAGUAUUAUGAACUAUAAAAAAUCAUGGACAGAAAAUAGACAGAAAAAGAAAGUAAAUCUUGUCAGACAGAUGACUGCCGUCAAAAAAUGCAAAUUAUUCUAAAGCAAAUCCUCUACAUUUUAUGAUCAAAUUACACAGACUGUUUCUCUAUUGAUAUUAGAGGUUCUUCUACUUCCAGAGCAUGGGAAAACAGAUGAACAUUUAUUUCAUCCUUUCAUACCAGCACUCCCUAUUUCUCUAUCUGCAUAAUAUUUUAAGCAUAAAAUCACAAAUCACUGCAGCUGUAGAAACGAACUCAGGAUUCCAGCCCCUGUUCUGAAUCACAUUUAACUGCUUUUGCAUCACCAGACCGAAAGGAAUGAACC